AAGCGCUUGCCGGGGCUGACAACAGGCACACUUCAGUUCACAGGCUUCAUCACAGCACACGCACUGUCCUCAACUUUCAAUCAAGACUGCAAAAUGGCCCUUCUGAGAUGCACUACACUCACGCUGCUGCUGGUGACCAUCAUUGUGGCUGCCAUACUCUUGCGCAGCAGCGAGGCCGCCUACAGAAAGCCACCCUUCAAUGGCAGCAUCUUUGGCAAGCGCAAUGCCCAGGACUAUGAUAAUGCCAAGGCUAUGAAUGCGGUUUGUGAGGUUGCCAUGGAGGCGUGUCAAGGCUGGUUUCCACAGAACGACAGCAAAUAGGAGCACGCCUUGAUCU